GUGCUACUCAGACUAUUGUGGUUUGUUGUUUGCCUUAUAAUAAAAGGCAAUGCCAGAAUUUCAGUUAGAGGUUAGUGAAAAUAAAUAUGUGUUCUCUAUUCAUCCAAGUUCAAGAGCCCCCUGCUUUCCUUCUCUGGUUAAGAACCCCUGCCUGGGAAAUGCCAAGCAGGGAAAAAAGGGAGUUCUGAACCAUUUUAUUACUUUUCCUGGGACAGAUAUUUUGGGUUCCUAGUAAAAUCCAAUUACAAUUUCAGGCCCUGGUGAAAUUCUAUUAUAAUUUCCAUUUGCUUUAUUCAGAAUAUGAAUAAAUACGAAUAAGUUUUCCCCCAAAUCUAUAUUUGGAGACCUACAUUUCAUUGAAGGACUUAACCAAAGGCAUCUUGGGUGGAGGAUUUGCAUAAAAUAUUCAUUUCUCCUAAUGCAGUUAAAUGGAUGCUCUUUCAGAAGAUUUUCUUGCUUGCAAAGAUGAUCAUAAAGUCAUAUCUAUUCCCAUGUGGAAGAAAAUGUGUUACAUGAAGAAGCUAGAAGGUUUAGGGCCCCGUUGGGGGCAAUUUUCUUGAGGAAGCUUCCAACAGAGCCCAAGAGUGAAAGGAAUCUUCGAGGAUCAGAUGAUGGGGAGGCUUCUUGGAGCAGAGAGAUAAACCAGAGUUCAAAGGGGAAGGAAUGAGUUAGGUAAGAGAUGGGAGGGAUGGUAACAGGAGUGGGGCAGUCAGUAGCUUUGGCCCAAGGUAAGGAAUGCAGGGAGGUGAGCCUAGACACGUUGCUGGAGUCGGUUUUGAUGGACCUUCACUGAUACACCAGGGAUGUGGGAUGUUACUGACAGAGGGGAGUCACGGAAGUCCUUGCAUAGGAAUAAGAUAAAGACAUUUCUGGUUUAGGAAUAUCAACAUGACCACAAUGUUUUGGAUAAAUUUGGGGUAGGAAGAAAUUAUGGGCAAUAGUUUUAGGAUCAGAUGGCAAAACUGGAUGAAGAAAAUUAUACCUAUCCUAAUAUCUCCCAUAAUGGCCUAAGGAUAGGAUUCACCUGGAGAAUUUAUUCAUUAUACAGAUCACCACAAUUUUCCUCUGCAAAUGAUAACCCCAGUAGGGCUGGCAUUUGACAGGGAAUUUAUCAUUUUUAAAAUAGCUCCAUGUGAUUUCAUCUCCAGACAACUUGGAAAAUGCUCCCUGGGAAUGUGUGGCUGAUCAGAUGUGAAAUUGCAUGUGACUGUGUCAAAGCAAAAACUGCGCCAGAUCAAGUGAAACAGGCAAAGUAGAUUUUAUUCAAGGCUAUCACAGGGAAGGAAAGCCAGAACUCAGUCUGAGCUCAACUCCACUGAAAUAAAAGGGAAUAAGUGUAAAGGAGGAAGAACGGAGAUCUAAGAAUUCCUAGUCCUCUUGGGCAGGAGUGGCUGGUCCCAGGGUUGCCUGCUCCAGUGAGGUCUCUGAUGCUAAGAACUGUAAAAGUUACUUUUUUUAGUGAUCAGAAAUGAGUGAACAAUCAGAAAAAAACAAUUCCACGCAAGAGAGACAUGCAGGUCAAAGUUCUCCUGAGAAAAACUGUCAAAUCGGACAGAAGCAACUGCAACAGAUAGAGCGACAGUUAAAAUGCUUGGCAUUUCAAAAUCCCGGACCACAGGUAGCAGACUUUAAUCCUGAAACAAGGCAGCAGAAAAAGAAAGCACGAAUGUCAAAGAUGAAUGAGUAUUUUUCUGUAAAGUACAAAGUUAUGAAGAAGUAUGACAAAAGCGGCAGGCUCAUCUGCAACGAUGCUGACCUGUGCGAUUGCUUGGAGAAGAACUGCCUGGGCUGCUUCUACCCCUGCCCCAAGUGUAACUCCAACAAGUGUGGCCCUGAAUGCCGCUGCAACCGCCGCUGGGUGUACGAUGCCAUCGUCACUGAGUCUGGGGAGGUCAUCAGCGCGCUGCCCUUCAACGUUCCCGACUAGGAGCUGCCCUCGUGGUCUGAUCGGUUUCUUCUUUACCUUUAAGGCAACCUCUUUCUCUUGGGUGAAUUUUAGGGCUGGGGGAAAAUGUUUUAAAAAAUUUACUUAAGACUCAUGUUCUGCGAAGCCAUAGAACAGUAGGGAAUGGGCCAUCCUUCUCUAACCUUCCUGCUGUGACCUCCUCUCAAAUUCCUCUCCUUGUAACCCAAGAGAGUGCCCAUAGAUGGAUAUCAGCACCGACACCUCCAUCACUACUUUGCUCUCAGAUUAAGAAUCCCUUUCCUCUUUGCUGGUAUCUUAGGAAAUGGAGUCUGAAGAUCUUCAGAAUUCUGUAGCUGGGAGCUUGUCUUGACAUAGAACAUAGAAUCAUACAUUUAUAAUAGCUGGUUACCCUUAGAAUCUUACACAUCACUAGUUCUAAAUCAGAAUUGUUAUUUGGCUUGAAAAAAACAAAACCUUGUGACUUAGCAUACCAAGUCUCAUUUUUUUAUUGCAUACCCACAGUCUCAUUUUUUUAUUAUUGAUAUUUUAAUAAUAUUAAAAGGCAAUGUAAUACUUGGCAAUAUUUUUAUUAAAAACUUAUAUUUUAUUUAUGAAAUGGAAACAUUAGGACUUGAAUAUCCUAAAAGCCAGUGGUUUACAUUGUUUUUUAUUUCAGGAUCAGUAUUUCAGAAUAUUUUUUCAAAAGGAGGAAACUUAAGUUAUUAUAUGAAAGCACAUUGUUGUGUGUUGGCUAAUUGAGAGCCUUGAUACCUAGUUGACUAGAUACAUGAUGUGGUCUUUUUCAAUUCUGAUACAUUGUAGGAGGUUUAUAGAAACUUCCACUCAGCCUUCUUUGAAUUUGUCUUUAUGAGUCCUGUUUACCCUAACUCAGUGGUUCUCAUCCUUCAGUGUACAUCAGAAUCACCUGGAAGACUGGUUGUAUGGUAGAUUUUUCUGCCCCACCCACAGAGUUUCUGAUUAGGUCUGGGGCAGGGGUCAAGAAUUUUAUUUCCCAGGUGAUGUUGAUGCCACUGCUGUGGGGACUUGAAAUGUUAGUUUUCAGAGUUUAUUUUUCCUGCCCAAUCAGUUUCAAAAGCACUUAUUACUGCACAGUCCGCAUGCCGGGAAAGGUUCCUGAUAAUUCUAGACUUGUUACUUGACCGUAUGUUUUGGGACUAAAGUAGCAAAAAUCCUGCAAGGCAUGCUGUGAUGGCACUAUUCCUGUAUGUGCAGCAGGAGAACUGACUCUGUUUUUCACAGAAUUUACUGAGUUUUCCAGACUCAACUUUGUGCUACAUGUUUCCAAUUCACUACCUUUAACCAUCACAGCCCUGGGAGGAAGAAAUCAAAUACCCAAGUCAGAUCCUUUGAAGUGCUCAUGAGGAGUGCGCAGCCCUGAGACCCGUCCAAAGGAGUAGGGGCCUUUUUUGGUUUAUAUUAUGUUUUGUUUUGAGAAUAAUUGUUGUUUUGUAAAUGACUGACCAAGUGAAUUGUUUCUUCACUUAUUUAUUUUAGAAUCAUAUAAUUUUAAAGUUGAAAAGGAAUCUUCCAGGUUGUCUAACUAGUGACUUGUCAACAAAUAAUAACCAAGAGGCUGUUCUGUGCCAGGCUCGGGGAUGGAGCUGUGAGUAAAACUCAGCUGGUCCUGGUCUUCAUGGGGUUUAUAGAACUAAAAACAGUCUUGUUGUUGUUGUUUUGUUUGUUUUUUCUACAACUGAGGAAAUUUGGACCCAGUGAGAUUAAAAUGACUCGGUUAAGGACAAGCAGAAGCCCUGGCAACCUCGGUGUUUUGAACCCUAAGACUAGGUCAGUGUUCUUUCCAUGACACCAAGUAUGUCCCUAAUUGGCCUGAUUGUAAGGCUCAUCCAGGUGCUUUUAAUAAUAUGCAUUCCUGAACCCCAUCCCAAACUUCAGGAGUCAGAACUUCUAGGGAUGAGGCCUGGUGAUCCAUACUUUAAAACAAGCACCCCCAAGUAGGUCUCAUGAUCAGGUAAGUUUGAGAAACACUGUCUUAUCAUAGCUGUCUUAUUUUCAUAUUAAAAAAUAAUCAGGCAAACUGACAUUAAAGUGUAUUUCCCUUUUGUCUCCUCCUACAGUCUUAAACAUUAGAUGAGAGGAUCUGAUUUAAAAUGAUCUCAUUUAAAACACGUGUUGGCAAAUUACGUUGGUAAGUUUUCCAAGUAAAGCAAAAAAUAAAAUAAAUUCACAUAUUUAUUAAGCAGACACCUCAUACUGCUUUUAUGGAAGCCUAGUAAAACCUUUGAUGAAGUCCUUUUUUUAUAAAUCAGUGUAUUUCAUCUUGAUCUACUGCCAAUUCAAUUCAUUUUUAAAAAGCCUCCUGCACUAAAAUGAUUCUUGCAAAAAUAAGUUUAUGUGAAUUUUCAGAAACUUAUUUUGUAAGUGUCUAGUUCUAUCACAAAGUGAACAAAGCUCUUCAGUUAUUUGAACUAAAUUCAGAUUAGCAAGGAAUAUAGUUGUACUAUCUGAUUACAUUAAGGAAAUUGUCUUAGUGUAAUCAGAUUUUUUUCUCUUUCUGUGUGGCUUUCUUUCAAUGUUGACAGUGUGUCUUCAUGAAUAUGUAUAGAAAUUGCAAGGAAAGCUAUUUCACAGAAGGUUGUUUAAAUAUAAACUGUUAUUUACUGAAGGAUUUAAACAAGUCACUCAGUAAUCCUUUACACAAGGAUUUACAAGUGGAAUGCCGUUUCACAUCAAUUUGCAGAAUACUUUAUCUGAGUCUAAUUUGUAAGAGAAAGAAUCCAUACAGCCUCUGAGACAAUCCUUAGGCACCUCCCGCCCACCCCCCAAUACAGUAUCCUGGAUCCAUUACAGGUAUGAACCUUGGGAUGCUAACUCAUAGAGAAAUCAUUUAAGCUCUCCUUUAUAUAUUUAUUUGCUUUUCCUGGAAAGUGAACACUGCCAACUUGGAUAUUUUGUGGCUAUCAUGGAUUGCACUUCUAUAAUGCCUCGGAAACGUAAACACUUACGUGAGCAGGACUGCAGUGUUUGGCUAUGCAGGCUAUUGGCUGCACAUGUCCAGGGGUGCCUUUCACAUGGGCUACACUGCCACCAGUGCCCCCACAGCAAAGUGGCUCUGCUAGCAGGUGCCAUUGAUGUGUGGAUUUCUUGAUUGUCUAGUAUUUAUGGACACUCAGUAUAUGCUAGGCAUUGAGUGCUUUACACUAGCUUAUAUCUGGUAUAAAAUGAUUAAAAGAAUAUCCCUACAUCUUGCUUUUUCCCCUUCUACUGUUUCUUUUUCCUUCAUUCUCUGUGGUGUCUAUAACCGCAGACUACAAUUUUCAGGUUAGUUCGAACAGUACUCCAAAUAUAUUAUCGAGCCAAAGCAGUUUUCAUACUUUGUUUCUUUUUCAUAAUCUAUAUUUUAAUCCUAGAUUUGGAAUAUUCUUUUUCAUAUUCACAGAUUUCCUGAAAUUCUGCUUUUACCAUAAUAAUUGUUUUUCACUCUGUGCAAGGGAUAUGACUCUCUUAUCAUCACUAUUCAUGUCUAACAGGUAGUUUAUUUUGUGUUUGUAGUUUGUAGUUUCAGAAGAAUUUCCCUCCUCACUUUGUAUGGUUCUUUUAAAAUUGGCCGAUGCUUAUGUCAGAUAUAAUAAAUUCAAAGAGAUCAGA